AUGAAAUCAUCGUAUAUUGUAUCAUUAUUCUCAAUCUGCUUAAGUUAUUUGGUCGUUGGCUUACCAUCAUCAUCCUCACUACCAGGUGUUCCAACGCAAGCUCUUCAAGAUGCAGAAAACACAUUAAAUCGUUAUAAUAAAUUAAUGGAUACAGAAACUGAAUAUUUAGUAUAUGGUCUGCUACAUAUUUUGAUGAAACACCCACAUGUUUUCCCACAAGUACCACAGAAGGCCUUAGACAUCGCAAUGAAAAGUCUUGAAAGUAAAUUAGGUCGUAAUGAUGUUGAAAUUAUUACAAAACCAAUCAUGUUAUCACUGAAACGAGCUGAGAAACCAUUAAAAAUGACACCACUUAUCAAACAAGAAAUUACGGAUGCCCUGGAUGACUUUUUCUCAAAAGAUUCCGGAACGUUAUUAAGAAAAUAA